UAAAAUUAAAAUUUACCUUAAACUCAAAGUAUGACGAUGAAUGUUACCAAGCAGCCAAAAACUGCCAAGCGCUGACCAGGCCGCGUAAAAACUCUGGCUUCUAUACCUUCUUGAUUAAGCUAAAACCUUCAAAUUGUUAAUGCGCUCAAUCCCCUUCAUCAUCAAUUGAAUUUCUCAAAUCACCAAAAAUGGAGCAGCCGUUGCUAUCAGCUGAGAAAAGAGAGAGCGACAGAUGGAGCUCUUACGAGCAUGUGGGCAGAGCGGGCUCCGCCAUCCCGACGGCGUCCCUCCCCGGAAGCGUAGUCAGCGUCGACGAAAUUCGAUCGGCGGCGGCUUCUUCCGACAUCUACCCGCCAUCUCUUCAUGCGCCUCUGCUUAGUUCUCCACAACCUCACUAUCCAAGUAAACAAGUGGUUGGUCAGCCCCAUGACGCUUAUCAUGGUCAUUUAAGAGAGAAUGCUAUAGAUGGACAAAGGCAAGUACUGGAUGAGGUAGAAAUACGAGAACUACUCUUAGAUCAUGUUGGUCACCGUUGUUGUUGGGGUAGUCGGCCAGCCCGAACAUGGACUAUUCGAGCGGUGGAGGAUUGCAAUGUUUAUGUGGGAACCCUCGAAACUUUUGCUGAAGAUAGGGAAAUAAUAACUGAGAAGGAGCCAUAUAUUGGUGGUGAUGCGCAUGGAAAAGACAAGGGUCCUGAACUCGGAAUAUGGGAACUGGAUCUGAGGUCUGAGUUUCCCCCGCUAUUCAUUCCUGAAAAAGAGUCGCGCGUUGUAAUUCCUCGUUCAGAAGCUGUUGAGAAAUGCUCUGGUUGUGGGGGAAGAGGAGAUGUCGUAUGCCUCACUUGUAAUGCAGAUAAAGAGCCUGGUUUCUACAAGGAGAAUCAAAUGUUUCAGUGCUCAACUUGUCACGGGAGAGGUUUGUUGGCACAUAUGGAUGGAUCUGAUUCAAUAUGUAAAAACUGCAAUGGUAAGGGGAAAUUGCCUUGUGCAACAUGUGGGUCUCGAGGAUUAAUCAAAUGUGAGACGUGUCAAGGUAGUGGCUCUCUUCUGACACGCAAAGUGGCCAUUGUAAGAUGGAAAACCUUGCAAGCGAGAAAAGUGAGUGUGACCAGUGGGGCAGCGUCUGUCCCAGACGAAGUUUUCCACAGGGCGAAAGGAGUGCAGUUGUGCAAUACACAAGCCCAGCAGUGUAGCCCAGCCUAUUUUGCUGACUCAUAUUUCCUCAACAAGUUUUCAUCAGAGGUGAUUGCUGAAAGGGCUCAAGUAUCUCCAACUGCAAGAGUGAUCUGUGAAAGGCAUGCCAUCUCCGUCGUUCCAGUAACUCGAGUCACCAUGACUCAACGUCGUGGCUCCUUCACUUUCUAUAUCAUCGGAACCACCAGAGAGGUGUACUUGAAGGAUUCUUAUCCUUCGACAAUUUGCUGGGGGCUUUGCCCUUGCCUCGAGUGGCUCAAGCUGUAGUGUAAUGUCUUAAUAGAUAGCUCGUUUUCGCUCCAACCAAUAGGUUGGUGGUUCGAUUCAUCUAGUUUGCGUGAUUGUGAGUGUGUGAAUUGUAACUUAAAAAAAAAAAAGACAAAAAUUUAUUACCAGUUCGAUUGUGUUAUCCUGCGACGAACAUAGGAGUUUAGAGUUGAGUUUGUUGAUGUGUUGUAUUGUUGUUGUUCUCUCUGAGGCUCUGAAGUUUCUCUAUGUUUUGAUCUUUCAGUUAAAGUGCAUUUUUUUUUCA